CCCAAAGCCCAUUCCAUUCACAAUCCCUGAAGUAUGAACGCGAUCAAGGCAAUUUUCUUGCUGAGUUUCUUGGCCAUAUUUUUGGGUCCCAGGGAGACCGAGGCCCAAGCCGUAGUUAAGAGCGAGUGGAGUAAGUAUGGCAAGUGCGCCCAAGUGGUAAUCGAAGCGUCGUCAGCUUUGGCCAGAAAAAUAGUUCCAACUAUCUACGAAAUAAACCUUUGCACCGGAUUUGUGGCAGAGCCUCCUGCGAAAGGCUCAAAACGGGACUUAUUAUGGUUUACGAAGUCCAUCUACGCGUUCUUCAAAAAGGCGGUUAUCGACCAACCCAAGUGUCUACGCAAUCUACUAGACAUCACGGCGGCCACCAUCAAGCCAUUUUCAGAGCAAAUUGUCAGCCUCGGUUGCCUGGACGAAGAUGAUUAUAUCUUUUAAAUAAGAAAAUGUGUGUAAAUUGUAGCUAAGCAAAUUGCAAUAAAAUGGGAAAAUAGCAUGGCUUUCAUGUUGGCACAAUUA